AUGGUCAUUGUAGGAGCCAAAACCCACAUUUGAGUUUUUUCUGAUAUCUCUUUUCUUUUUCUUUUGUGUUGUGCAAGCCCAUUUCUGUCUCCCUCUUGUGGCCAAAGGGGCCACUCAUCUAUCCUACAGGUGAUGUUACCUGAGAAGGUGUGGCCAGAGCAGGAAGUGAUGGUCUUUGACCUAACAACUGAGCCAUACUACCAAGCCAAAGAAUCUUUAUUUAUCUUAGCAAUCCUGCUUUAUAUGGACUUUAUAUAACUUCAGAGUUUUGUAUCAUAUUUUACUUUCAUUAAAUCUCUCAAUAUUUUUGGACAACAUUUAUCUGGACCCUAUUUACUUGGAUGUUUGAGUCAACCUCUCCAGCUUGGCCACCAGUGGUUAUCAAUAGGAAAACAAUAGGAUCACAAAAUAGCCAUUACAAAAAGUCAAAGACCUCUUCCAAACUCAUGGAUGCCAUCCAGUGAGCUGAGCCAACUCGAAAAAACAACCUGUGGAUUCAGGAUGGGAAAGAGAUAUGGAUGGAAGUUAUGGAGCACAAGUUGCUGAAUGUUUGAGAGCAUGGUAUGUACUCCCUCUACUACAUUUAAGAAGACGUGUUUCUAUAUUGUUUGGAUGACUGGAUGAAAUAAGGACUGAAACAAACAUGGCUGAUCAAAUGGAAACAAAUGAGAUGGAAGGAGUAGCUGAUAGUGCCUCAAACUCAGGAAAGGACACGGAAGAGGGUGAACAUGUACCUAAAUUGAAAAAUGUUAGAAAAGGAAAACUUAGUCAGUUAACUAAAAGGAAGAAUAUAAUGCUUGAACUAAUGGAAGAUGUAACUGACAUAGAGGAAGUAAAAGAAAAUCUUCAGAAGUACACACAACUUCUUGCAGAGUUUAAGUCUGUCCAUAGAGGUUAUCAGGGGCAACUGAGUGAAGAUGAAAUUAGCAAAGAUGAAUGUGAAUGGUUUGAACCUAAAAUGGCAGAAAUUGAUCAUUUUCUUUCUCUUGUGCAUGAGUGGCUCGCUGGUGCCUCCAAGACUGCCAAAUCUGAACCAGAAGAGGAGAAGGAGGAGGAAGUAGAGGUAACGGCCAAGGACAGCAUUUCACAAGUCUCUCAAAGGUCCCGUGGGUCCAGGACAUCUACAGUGGCAUCAGCAAGAAUAGUUGCGGAAGCUGAGAGAGCUGGACUCAUGGCCAAGGCUGCAGCAUUGAAGGAAAUGCAUGAAUUGGAGGAACGGGAGAGUGCACUACAGAGAGAAAUGCGAGCAUUAAAGCAGAAACGUGAUGCUCUUGAGCUGAGAACACAGUUGGCCGUCUCAACAUCCAAACUGGCAGUUCUCAAGUCUGCUGAGCAACAACAAGGAGUCUUGGUGUCCAGUCCAACAGUGAAACCACCCAGUGAGGAGCUGCCAAGGCGUCCAAUCACAGUCACACCAGCAACAGGCACGCAUGUGAAGCUACCAGAGGAAACACUUCAGAGUGAAGUACAGGAUGCUGUGCAGUUAGCAACAGACCUGGUGGAACUAUGCAGCAAAGGAGGAUUCCAGCUUACGAAAUGGGUGAGCAAUAACAGAACUGUGCUGUCAAGCAUAAAACCAAAGGAAAGAGGAAAAGACAUCAGAUCCUUGGAUCUCGACAAAGACCAAGUACCAGCGGACCGGGCGCUUGGACUACAAUGGAGUGUGGAAGGUGAUGACUUCAGAUUCAACAUUGUAGUUCCUCAGAAGCCACAAACACGGAGAGGGAUUCUGUCAAUGGUGAGUUCCGUGUACAACCCGCUGGGUAUCCUGGCACCUCUCACUCUCCCAGCCAAGCAACUGUUACAACAGCUCUGUAAGCAGGGCUAUGGAUGGGAUGAGCCAAUUUCCCCAGGUCAGUCAAAACAGUGGACUGACUGGGUUGAAUAUCUCCCAAAACUAGCUAGCUUCAAUGUCCCACGCUGUAUCAAACCACCCUGCUUUGGAAAACCUACAAGCAUCCAACUACACCACUUUGCUGAUGCCAGCGAGCUUGGGUAUGGGGUGGUGAGUUAUUUAAGGAUGACCAAUAAACAGGGAGGGAUACAUGUAUGUUUCCUGAUGGGAAAGGCAAGGGUUGCUCCCUUAAAGCAGCUCACAAUCCCAAGACUAGAAUUAGCAGCAGCAGUACUGUCUGUUAAGGUGGACAGGCUACUGAGAGCUGAAUUGCAUCUCCCCCUACAAACUUCCAUGUUUUGGGUUGACAGUCAAGCUGUACUGAAGUACAUAGGCAGCGACAGUGCCAGGUUCCACACCUUUGUUGCAAACAGAGUUGCCUUCAUCAGAGUGAACACCAACAUUCAGCAAUGGAAGUUCAUUGAGAGUAAACACAACCCAGCGGAUGAUGCCUCCAGGGGGCUCAGUGCAAAGAAAUUCUUGGACAAUAAGCGUUGGCUUAGAGGUCCUCAAUUUCUCUGGGAACAGAAUCACACCUGGCCCACAAUGAACAUUGACUCAGAACCUUUAUCACACGACGAUCCAGAGGUCAAGCGUUCCAUUGUAUGCAGUGCAGUCAUUCAAGAUCAAUCAAAUCCAUCUAACAAGCUUCUCUCUUACUUCUCAGAUUGGAGCAGGCUAAUGAAAGCUAUUGCCUGGUACCAGAAAUUCGGAGAUAGUCAGCUGGCAUUGGCUGCAAAAAGACGACAAUUGACCACUGCUGUAAUCACCCGUUCUCGCCAACAGAAUACAACAUCUCAGUUGCAAGCCCUCAGAUUAAAGCUAGGUAGUCAAAUAAUAUCACUAGAUGACAUGGAAAGGGCUGAGAGAGCAGUGUUAUCAUUCACUCAAAGACAAGCAUUCCCAGUUGAAUUGGAAAAGUUGGCAACAAUGUCCCCUUGUGUUCCAAAACGGAGCAAACUUUAUAGACUAGACCCUAUCCUGAAAGACGGGCUGCUCAGAGUAGGAGGACGAUUGUCCAGAGCAGCCAUGUCAGACACAAUGAAGCAUCCCAUCAUUCUACCAAAUCAGUCUCACAUCUCCAGUCUCCUACUCAAACAUAUACAUGAAAAGUAUGGACACUGUGGCAGAAACUACAUCCUCAGCCAAAUGAGAAGAAAGUACUGGAUUCUUAGUGCAAACAGUGAGGCGAGAAAGGUAAUCACAAAAUGUGUGACCUGCAGACGCUUAGAAACCAAAACAGCUGAACAAAAGAUGGCAAAUUUGCCACAUGAGAGAACCAAGCCUAACCUUCGCCCAUUCACCAAUGUUGGUAUGGAUUAUUUUGGUCCAAUAGUAACCAGGAGAGGCAGAAGUUUAGUGAAAAGAUACGGUGUGAUAUUCACCUGUUUGUCUUGCAGAGCCAUCCAUCUUGAAAUAGCAUACACUCUCGACACGGAUUCCUGCAUCCAUGCGAUAAGACGAUUUGUAUGCAGACGAGGCCAGGUACAGCACAUCUGGUCAGACAACGGCACCAAUCUAGUUGGUGCUAACAAAGAAAUGAAACAGGCUUUGUCCAGUCUCAAUGACAAGAAGAUCCAAGGUACCCUGCUGAAGAGAGGCAUAAGCUGGACCUUCAACCCCCCAGGAGCAUCUCACCAUGGUGGGGUGUGGGAGAGACUGAUCAGGUCAGUGAGACGGGUACUGAAUGCCCUCACACACCAUCAAACCCUGACGGAUGAAGGUCUCCAGACGUUGUUUUGUGAGGUCGAGGCUAUCCUCAACAACCGCCCAAUCACAACAGCCUCCUCUGACCCUUUUGACUUAGAGCCACUUACCCCAAAUCACAUCCUCUUAAUCAACACUCAGCCUGUGCUCCCUCCCGGUGAGUUCUCUAGUACUGACUUGUACACCAGGCGCCGGUGGAAACAAGUGCAGUAUCUGGCAGACUUGUUUUGGAAACGAUGGACGCACGAAUACUUGGCACUGAUGCAAAAAAGAGAAAAAUGGUCCAAAGAAAGAGAAAACCUCAGGACAGGAGAUGUUGUGGUGAUUGUUGACCCUACCUCCCCAAGAUCUUCAUGGCCUCUUGCAAGAAUCCUUGAGACAAAGCCUGAUGCAGAAGGAUUGGUCCGGUCAGUGAAACUCAAAACAAAAACUGGCGUUCUAGAGAGGCCAAUUACUAAACUGUGCCUGCUCUUGGAAGACGGGACCUAGUGACCAAAUCAGAACAUGUAAAGUAUGUCUUUCCUUAUUGUUUAAUUUAUUGGCUCCUUAUAAAGAAUUGGUAUUUGUUUUAUGUUAAUCCUAAAACAAUUAGGGGCCGGAUUUGUAGGAGCCAAAACCCACAUUUGAGUUUUUUCUGAUAUCUCUUUUCUUUUUCUUUUGUGUUGUGCAAGCCCAUUUCUGUCUCCCUCUUGUGGCCAAAGGGGCCACUCAUCUAUCCUUUAUCUACAGGUGAUGUUACCUGAGAAGGUGUGGCCAGAGCAGGAAGUGAUGGUCUUUGACCUAACAACUGAGCCAUACUACCAAGCCAAAGAAUCUUUAUUUAUCUUAGCAAUCCUGCUUUAUAUGGACUUUAUAUAACUUCAGAGUUUUGUAUCAUAUUUUACUUUCAUUAAAUCUCUCAAUAUUUUUGGACAACAUUUAUCUGGACCCUAUUUACUUGGAUGUUUGAGUCAACCUCUCCAGCUUGGCCACCAGUGGUUAUCAAUAGGAAAACAAUAGGAUCACAAAAUAGCC